GGGAGGUCUUAAUGGGGUUGCCGGGGUGCGGGCCAGAGAAAGCAGGGCUAGCUAAAAGGGGAGUGAGGCGCCCUCUGGAAACCAAAUCAAAUGGAAUGAGGUUUCUACCCGCCAAUCUCAUUCCUACUCUAUCCCUCUCCAAAACUUUCUCCACCGUCUCCUCGAUCGCUCCGACCAGCCUCGCCGCCCACUUCGCCCGCGCCGUCGAGCCCUCCUCCGUAGCCUCAUGGAACUCCGCCAUCGCCGACCUCGCCCGCGCCGGCGACUCCGCGGAAGCCCUCGCCGCCUUUGCCUCCAUGCGCCGCCUCCGCCUCCGUCCGGACCGGUCCUCUUUCCCCUGCGCCCUCAAGUCCGCCGCCGCCCUAUCUUCCCUUCGCUCCGGCCGCCAGCUUCACCUCCUCGCCUUCCGCCUCGGCCUCCACCCCGACCUCUUCGUUGCCUCCGCCCUCGUCGACAUGUACUCCAAGUGCCGCGAGCCUGUCGACGCUCGCCGCGCCUUCGACGAGACCCCCCACCGCAACGCCGUCCUCUGGACCGCCAUGAUUGUCGGCUACAUCUGGAAUGACGCCGCCCGCGAGGCAUUGUCUCUAUUCAAAGAAUUCCUGGCAAAGGAGGGAGCUUUAAGCUUGGACACUGUGGCAGCGGUGGCGGCGCUUUCAGCCUGUUCUCGUAUUUUGGAUAGGAAGGCCACAGGAGGGGUUCACGGGCUUGCAGUGAAGGUGGGGCUCGACAUGGAUGUCGGGGUGGGGAAUACUUUGAUGGACGCCUAUGCAAAAGGUGGUAAUUUGGAGGUGGGCCGGAAGGUGUUCGAUGGAAUGGCUGAGAGGGACGUGGUGUCAUGGAACUCUAUGAUUGCUUUGUAUGCUCAGAAUGGGCUCUCAGCAGAAGCACUGGAAUUGUACUGUAAGAUGUUGAGUGAUGGAGGUGUUAGGUAUAGUGCAGUUACGCUGUCAGCAGUGUUAUUGGCUUGUGCGCAUGCUGGGGCACUGCAGAUUGGGAAGUGCAUUCAUGAUCAGGUGGUAAGGAUUGGUUUGGAGGAAGAUGUGUAUGUUGGCACAUCAGUAGUUGACAUGUAUUGCAAGUGUGGGAGAGUAGAGAUAGCAAGGAAAGCCUUUAACCGCAUGAAGGAAAGGAAUAUCCUCUCAUGGUCUGCCAUGGUUGCAGGUUAUGGCAUGCAUGGCCAUGGCCGAGAAGCUCUUGAGGUUUUCUAUGAGAUGAGGGGAUCUGGAGUGAAGCCAAAUCAUAUCACCUUUGUAUCUGUCCUAGCAGCUUGCAGCCAUGCAGGGCUUGUGGAUGAUGGCAGGUGUUGGUUUCAUGCCAUGAAGAAAGAAUUUGGUAUUCACCCUGGGGUGGAGCAUUAUGGAUGCAUCGUGGAUCUCCUUGGUCGUGCUGGUUGUCUUGAUGAGGCCUAUGGUUUGAUUAAGGAAAUGACAAUCAAACCUGAUUUCGUGGUCUGGGGUGCUCUUCUCAGCGCAUGUAGGAUUCAUAAAAAUGUUGAGCUAGGAGAGAUUUCUGCAAAGAAAUUGUUUGAACUGGAUCCGAAGAACUGUGGAUACUAUGUGUUGCUUUCAAAUAUAUAUGCAGAUGCUGGAAGGUGGGAUGAUGUCCAGAAGAUGAGGGUUUUAAUGAAGAACAGAGGACUGGUAAAGCCUCCAGGGUACAGUUUAGUUGAGCUCAAGGGUAGGACUCAUGUAUUCUUGGUUGGGGACAAGAAGCAUCCCCAGCAGAGUGAUAUCUAUAGAUAUUUGGAAAAGCUAACCGUUAGGAUGCAGGAAGCCGGCUAUGUCCCAGAUACAGGAUCUGUUCUCCAUGAUGUAGAACAAGAAGAGAAAGAGUCAGUUUUACGUGUUCAUAGUGAGAAGCUUGCUGUGGCUUUUGCAAUCAUGAACACAGCUCCUGGAACAACAGUCCAGGUAAUCAAGAACCUCAGAGUGUGUGGGGACUGCCACCAAGCAAUCAAGUUGAUUGCCAAGCUUGUGGAUCGGGAGAUUAUUGUCAGAGAUUCCCAUCGUUUUCAUCAUUUCAAGAACGGCUUCUGUUCUUGUGGUGAUUAUUGGUGAUGAUAUAUGAUGAGAAGAUAUUAAGACUGCAACUCUCAUGCACUGCUGCCAGGAAAUAAAUACAAUCAGGGGUUGCUACACAAAACUUUCAGCAAAAGAAGUUGACAACAUGCAAUUAAGGUCCUAUUUAUAAAGAGAUGGGCAUUUUUCCAGUGAGCAUUCUUAUAUUGCUAACAGAAGCAUUAACUUAAUUCCUUCUAUAGUUAUUUGAGAGUGGGAUUUUUUCACAUGUUUAAUUCUUUGACUGAUAAAGUAGAAGCCUGGGGCCCAGAUGACGUGUACCAUUUAUAAAUAUUAAUAGAGAGAAGGUUAUCAUGGUCAAUUCAAGCCUGCAGGUUUAAAUUUACCCCUGCCUUCCUCCAAUGUUACGUUUACAGUAGUAUUUUUUUAACUGAAACGUAAUAUUGUAUUUCCUGAAACCCAUGCCGGAUAACAAUCACAACCAUUGGAAAAUUUUCUGUUCGGAGCUUUUAUCUUCUUCUGAUGCACGGCGGGAUAGUCUCGCAAAUUGGUCUUAUAGUUUGGAAGCUACCUAUAU